UGCAACUAUGAAGACAUUCAAGAGAAAUGAUAAUGUUCUGUGUCACGUUGUACUCUUAUCUUGUUACUUCCUUUUUGCAGGAUUUCAAGUGUAUGCCAUAGGCUAUGACUACUAUUUCACUUCAAAGUGUUUGGAAAGACCUCUAAAUCCACAAUAUAGUGGAGGAAUUGCUAUAAAUCCAGAACUAAAUGAUGGAUUAAAUGGAUGGACAAAAUUUGGAUGUGCAAAAAUUGAGACAAGAACAUCAAAAGAAGGCAAUGUCUUCAUUGUUGCUUCUCAUAGAACACAACCAUCUGAUAGUUUUUCUCAAAGAUUUUAUGUUGAGAAAGACAAAAUGUACACUAUUUCAGCAUGGAUACAAGUGAGUCAAGGAAAUGCUGAUGUUGUAGCAAAGGUUAGAACACCAUAUGGUGAUUUUCCAACAGGUUGGACUAUUGCAACAUCUGGCUGUUGGUCUAUGCUAAAGGGUGGUUUUAAUGGAAAUUUUUCUGGCCCUUCUGAGCUAUAUUUUGAGAGCAAGGAAAUUAGUUUAGUUGAAUUAUGGGCAGAUAGCAUCUCCAUAAAGCCAUUCACAAUGUUAGAGUGGAAAUCCCAUCAAAAUCAAAGCAUUGAAAAGACUAGAAAGAGCAAGGUGAAAUUACAAGCUAUUGAUUCUCAAGGCCAACCACUAGCCAAUGCUACAAUCUUGAUCAAACAGAUAAAUUCUGCAUUUUCAAUAGGCAAUGCUAUAAGCCCUCACAUAUUAACCAAUGUAGGUUAUCAAGAAUGGUACAAUUCCAGAUUCAAGCUAACAGUUUUCGAGAACGAAAUGAAGUGGUGGUUUACUGAGCCAAUUCAGGGCAAAGUAGACUACCAUUUGGCUGAUGACAUGCUUCAAUAUGUUAAGAAUUAUAGCAUGUUAGUCCGCGGACACAAUAUAGUUUGGGAAAAUAAAGAUCAGUUACCAUCUUGGGCGAAAACGUUGUCACCUCCUCUAUUAUCAGCUGCAGUUGAAAGGAGAUUUUACUCGUUAGUACCAAGAUAUCAAGGCCAAAUGAUGCAUUGGGAUGUUGACAAUGAAAACAUACAUUUUUCAUACUUAGAAAGUCAGUUAGGCGAAAACGCCUCGGCUUAUUUUUACAAGAAGGCUCAUGAUAUGGAUAGCAGUGCUAUUUUGUUCUUGAAUGAGUAUAGUACUAUUGAAAAUCCUGAUGAUAUGGUUGCAAAUCCAGUAAAUUACUUAGCCAAGAUUCAGGAAAUUAGGUCAAUGGGAUAUGAUGGACCUCUUGGAAUUGGACUUCAAGGUCAUUUUGAUACACCAAAUAUACCUUAUAUUAGAAGUGCACUUGAUAUUCUUGCAACUGCAGAUUUGCCUAUAUGGAUUACAGAAUUGGAUGUUUCAAGCAGACCCCUUCAGGCAGAAUAUUUGAAUGACAUAAUGUGGGAACUUCAUGCACAUCCAGCAGUAAGUGGAAUAAUGAUUUGGUCACCAUGGCAACCACAAGGAUGUUAUAAAAUGUGUUUAACUGAUAAUGAUUUCAAUAAUUUGCCAACUGGGGAUGUUGUGGAUAAUUUUAUAAGACACUUAAGUCAUCAGGGCUUAAUUGGGACUACUAAUGAUAAUGGUUACUUUGAGACUUCAUUAUAUCAUGGAGAUUAUGAAGUGAUAAUCAAACAUCCAGCUGCUAGAGAUCAGUCCUUUGCUCAAAGUUUUAAUGUAGCAAAAAGCCAGCAGAAAAGUAGCACCCUACUGAAAUUAUGUGCUUAGGAAAUUUAAUCAGUCAUUGCCAUAAUUCUAUUUGAUUAAUAAAAUUUUCGCUUAAUUUUUCUCUC